AUGGCAUGCACGGAAGUACCGAAUGGAAAAAAUGGAAACAGGAACACCAAAUCACGAAGACAACGUUCACGACUUACUUACCGGAAACGCAAACGUCAUCAUGAAGACCAUUUUUCUGGUCCAUCUAAUGAAUCAGCUCGCGUCAGCGACUCACAUGGUUAUAUUAAUCCGUUCAAUGAUUCUCGUCGCGCUCUCGACAACUCCAUUUUAUGGAUAUACCUCACUAGUUCAAAUUUCCGUCAUGGAUGCUCUUCGAAUGGAACCGGAAAUACAAGCGAAAUUGGUUACGGAUUAGGCAAAUUCUUUUGUCUAAAUGUACCUCUCAAAGAUGGAAUUGAUGAUAAUAGCUAUGUUUCAUUGUUCAAGGAUGUUAUGUUAGAUCAUUAUCAACCAACUCAUGGAGAGUGCGUAAGAUUUAUAAAAAGUUGGCAGAUUCCCUUGUUAGUUCUUGGAGGUGGCGGUUAUAGAAUUCCUAAUGUAGCAAGAUGUUGGACUUAUGAAACUGGAAUAUUACUUGGGUUUCCAAGUGUUGAACUUCUUGAUAGGAAUUUAGAGAUGCUAGUUUAG